AUGGACAACAGAGACAUUGACAUCUCCGACAUUCUCGCAGAAGUGUCCCGACCUGACCACCACAGUGGAACUUCACAAUCACACUCCAACUCAUAUUCAUAUUCCGACACCGACGCCUAUAGCGACCACCAACUGCUCACACGAGCAUGGACCUCCGAGCGAUGCGCGCCCGAGUUACUACCCUACCCUCACGAUCUGAUGGAGCGAAUAAUGGCGCGUGUGCAGACCCAAAUCUCACGAAUCGAAGACAUCGCCUCCAGUGGCCCUGAGGGCGGUGUUGGGCAAUCUAACGGACACGGCUACGGUCAAGGUUACGGUUACGGUUACGGUUACUCGAAUCCCCACAAACCACCAGGACCCAGCGGCACGCAGAACGCGAAUCUGAUUCUUUCAAUCCUCCAAACCGAUCUGUCUCGCACACAGUUCUUGGUGCGCAGUUUCCUGCGCCAGCGACUGGCGAAACUCACGAAACAUGCUGGAUGGUAUCUCGCGCAAUUGCAACGACGGCAGCUGCAGGACAGUAAUGUGGGAGUGGAGCCGGAAACGGAGCGGUAUCUGAGUCCGGCGGAAUCUCAAUUCUUGCGCGCCCAUCAGUCCUUACUGUCGGAGUUGUAUGGGUCGAGUUUCCUCAAUGCGUUCCCGCCUACGUUGAGACGGUUGGAUGAUUCCACGGGUGGGGUUCCCAUGGUUGAACCGCCUGAUGCGGGUGCGGCGGUGGUGGUCAGGUGUCUUGUCGAUGGGGUGUGGAGUAAUGAAGGCGAUGUUGAACGCUCCGAAAGCGGAGGUGGAGGGGGAAACGACGAGAAUGGAGAACCCGCUACGGUCGAGUUGAGGAUGAGGAGGGGAGAGGUCUGGGUCGUUAGAUGGAGGGAUGUGAGGAGAGGUGUGGAAAGGGGGGAGUUGGGGUUGUUAUGA